AUGUCUGAAUCAAGCGAGAAGGCAUCUGCAGUCACCACGGAGGCUGUCCCUGAUACUAAGGCGGAGUCGACUACCAGCGAUGCGACUGCGGCUGGAUCGGAGGCGAAUGCUGCAACUCCUGGCGGUCCACCCAACGCCUUUGACUUUUCAAGCCUCGCUGGAGUUCUCAAUGACCCAUCUAUCAAGGAGAUGGCAGAGCAGAUUGCCAAAGAUCCAUCCUUCUCUCAGAUGACACAAGAGCUCCAAGGAAGCGUGAAAGUUGGGAGUGACGGCGCUCCCCAACUUGAUCCCCAGCAGUACAUGAAGGCGAUGCAACAAGUGAUGUCGAACCCAAGCUUCAUGACUAUCGCGGAGAAGUUCGGCAACGCUCUGAUGCAGGAUCCUCAAAUGAUGACCAUGAUGCAGACUCUCCAGAACCCGUCGUAUCGUGAUCAGAUGCAGCAGCGGGUAGCUGCCAUCAAGGAGGAUCCUUCUUUGAAGUCGGUCCUCGAAGAGCUCGAGACUGGGGGCCCUGCAGCAAUGAUGAAGUACUGGAACGAUCCCGAGGUUCUGGGCAAGCUUGGCAAGGCCAUGGGCGGUUCGUUCCCUAUUCCUCCUCACAUGGCGGGGGCAGCUGGUCCGUCUGGCGAGGAAGAUGCUGCGGAAGAGGCAGCAGAGGGAGAGGAAGAAUCUCCUUCACUUCACUCGGCAGCCAGCAACGGCGACGCAGAGGAGGUGAAGCGGCUGAUUGCAGAAGGGGCAGAUAAGAACGAGAAGGAUGGCGAGGGAAGGACAGCCCUCCAUUUUGCGUGUGGAUAUGGCGAGGUCAAGUGUGCGGAGGCACUUCUUGAUGCUGGUGCUGAUGUGGACUCUUUGGACAAGAACAAGAACACACCUCUGCAUUAUUCGGCUGGCUAUGGGCGCAAGGAGGUUGUGGAGCUGCUGGUGAAGAGUGGUGCUGCAGUCACACUGAGGAACCUGGAUGGCAAGACAGCAGCAGAUGUGGCCAAGUUGAACAGCCAGAAGGAGGUGGUUGCGCUCUUGGAAAAAGAUGCAUUUUUGUGA